AAAAUUUUCCGGCCCGGUGUGUUUUUCUCUUACCCCGCGUCGACCCCGCCUGCGCGGUCCUUUACUUGUUGCUGCUGCCGCCGAUGAUGCUGUUGCUGCCGUCGCCGCCACCGCCGGCGGCGACAUGCGCGUUUCUAUCGAUCCACCCUCCGUCGGCCUAUAUAAAAGCCGCCGCCAUUGGCGGUUCUCCAGGUCGUGAGAGAGAGCAGGUCGGGGAUUCCAUGCACACCCGGGGCACCGUCGUCGACGACGUUACGACGUACUGAGGGAGCGACCAAAAAAAAAAAAGAGAAAAAGAAAAAAAGGAGGGAAAAGAGGGAACACACGCCGUGCUCGCUUAGCCCGUUUAUCCCGAGGGGUGUCGUCACGCGGAUGAGAGAUAAAAUCUAAUCAGCUCGCGCACAAUGGCAUCGCCACGGUGGAUGCUGCCGCUGCUGAUCCUGGGAACCGGCGCGAUCACGCUGGUCUCCGCGGCUCGGCAGUACCACGACGAGCUCCUGAAGGGCAACAACGUCGUGCGGAAGCGAUCUUUGAACGCGAUGGAUUCGCCGGAGUACUACAACGACCUGCACUCGUUUAAAUACCACGGCGGCGACGCCGAUCGCAAGUUCGACCGCGACUUCGACGAGGACGACGAGGAGAUCGAGUUCCUACCUAGCGACAAUGGCCAGCUGGAAACGGUGGGGGAGGGUCUCCAGGGCAUGAACAAUAAGCUACUUGAAAAGGCACUGCUCGAUUAUCUGGAGACUCUACCUGAGCAGGAAGAGCCGGUGGCCUCGAUUUUCCGCGAGCGCGAGCGAAGCGGCAGCCGUAAGCGCGGCGGCGCCGGCGAACGGUUAGGCCUGGACGACAAGGAUCUGACGAAGCUGUUCGUGGAGGAAGAACUGCAGGACAGUUCUCCGUACGGUCCUCCGCUCGUCGAGGUGGAAGACGACGACAACUAUAUAACCGCUUUACAAUCGAUUUACGAAAGAAACAGAGCUGGUAGAGGGAACAAAGUAUACGAAACGGCAGGACCAAUGUCUUGGGGCGAGCUGCUUAGCAAGGGCCCGUUGCUGAGGAGCCAGUCGAAGGACGGCAACGACGAGUUCGCGGGCCGUGAACUCGAUUUGCAGGAAGAGGGCAUCCUGUACAUUCCGCUGGAACGUAGGAACGUGAACGGCCGAUUUCCCAUCGGCCGCGAGUUCGGCAGCUAUCGCAAGCUGACCAAGCGCUAUCCGGUCGCUAAGAGAAGCCCCAGGCCGACCCAAACCAGAUUAAAGACCACGGAUCCCAAGGUUGCUCAAGACCUGGGAGCCCUAUUCGGCACGCAAUUCACGGACUCGCACAAUCACACUCAUAAAUCGGAUCACGAGCACGAGCACGAUCACGAUCACGAGCGCAAGCAGGAGGCCGAUCAGAGUCACGAUCACGAGCACAAGCACGAGUCCAAUCAGACGCACGAUCAGCACGGCGGUCACGAGGGCAAGUCGGAGGCGCCGCCGCUGAAGGUGACGCCGUCCCCGAAGGGCCAGAAGGAGAACGCCACGAAGACGGCCAAGUCGAAGUUCGUCCAGGUGAGGAAGAAGAGCGUCGACUGGUCGCAGUACUUCGGCAUCGAUCGCAGGAGGAAGAAGGCCACCUUCACGGCCGGGCAGGGCACGCAGAAUCAGGACGACGAGUGGAUGCUGCAGCGCUACUACGAGAACAUGGCCGAAAAUUUGAAGGACGACGAGAAUGAGCGGAAGGAUAAACUCGAGCAGAUGGACACGAAAUUGAAAUAUAUCAAGGACUUGAUUGUCGAGGAAGCUAUGAGGUAUGCCGCUUCGGAGGAUGAAGCAGAUUUGCAACAGGUGAAGGAUAAGUUAAUGUCGCGAUUGGCAGCGGCUUACUCGUUACAGAAGAUGCGAAAAGCGUUGAACGAGCUACGCAACAACGCCAUGGCUCAGAAGGAGGCGCAGAAGGCGCAGAAGGAGGCACAUCAUAAUUUUACGUCUAAUUUUCGCGAAAACAGCAACGGCAACGCUAAUCCGAGCACUAACAGCGAUAAUAAAAACGAUGAGAAACGAAACGGCAUCAAUAACAAUCUAGAGGAAAGCGAGUCCAUCGAGGAGCCUAGAAGCUGCCCGGAAUUAGAAGCCAUCGAGUGGCGAUGCCGAACCGUGGAUAAUCUGGCCGGCGACACGUCUCGAGUGCUCUACGUGCCCUGUGUAAAACUGCAGAUCUGCAAAGCUUGCGCGCAGGACGAGGAGGGGCUGCUACCCUGCCUCGCCAACUACGCUAUAGAGGCCGGCAAGGAGUGCGACGUGCUGGAGCAGUCCAGGGAGCGGAUGCAGUCGCGGAUGGCGGCGGCGACGGCGGUGCACGAGGGCGAGAGGCAGUCGUGCUCGAACGCCGCGCUGCUGCUGUCGCAGCUGCAGCCGCCCGCGUCGGCGACCGCGCAGUGCCGCGCGGCGCCGCGGAACGCCCGCGACGCGUCGUGCCUGCGGCGGUAUUACGCGCGAUACGAGCACCGGCACUUCCGCACGUCGCCGGCGUACGAGAGCACCGGCGGCGGGCGUCGCUACCACCACGAGGGCGCCCUCGACACGCUGCAGCAGACCAUGUCCGAACGAUAAGGAUCCCAGCCGAGCGAGAGGAAGCUCCCAUCCCCUUCCUCCCCUGGCCCCCUCUUCCCUCCUUCCCGGCCGCGCGAUACCGCGAGUGGACCGCCAGUUAUCCGGAUUGUCGCCCGAGUACAAACUACAAAGUCCUUCCGACGGAAUGCGAACGGAGAUUUUUAAUUUGUGCCGAAACCGCGUGGCUGUCGCUUACACUCGUUAUUAUUUUGUUUUACACCCUUGGCCUACCGUUUUCUCUCUUUUUAUUUUAUUUUAUCUUAUCUGGAAGUUUCGUCCGGAUAAUCGGCGGUUUACUGUAUUAAAGAAUCUUCCGUCGUAAUGAAGCAUGGAUCCGCGAGAUUAAUCCUCCACUGAGCACCGCACGUCUCCUUAAGCGCUUCUGCUACAAAGAGUCUUUAAAAAAAAAGUUUGUGAGUGGUUUUAAUCAUAGCGAGAUCCUGCCUGUGGUACCAGUUGAGGAUUAAUCGGGCUGGCGCACGGAGAGAUUCGCUCCCGAAUCGAAGUAAAACGGAUGACAGUGACCACAUUAAUUUUUCCAGAACCCCGGGAAAGAAAAUAGAUCACGCAGAAACAAAGAAAUGGUAACUUUGCAAAAAAAAAAGUGAAAUUGCCGCGUUCGUCCGUUUCCUUUCGAUUCGGAAUCAGAUCUCGAAAGUACUCGAUGGUACUCGACUCGAUCACAGCACUUUUUGCACACGACGCUUCUUCGCGUAAUAAAUUCCUCGUCAGAGCGCGAUUUUAAAAUCUUGAAUUGAAGAAAAAAUUAUUAUUAAAAAAAGAAGACGGUGCAGUCCAAUCAGCGAAAUUAGCGCGUUUCGUCUGUGAACGGAAAGACAAAGCUUGCGAUGAUCUCUGGAUUUAAAGGGAGAAUAGGUAACGCCUCUAGUUAAGGGAAUAAGAUGUUCUAUCUAUUUGCGAGGUGGGUGCUUUUCGUCUGGACGGCUUUCCAAAACACACACAAACGUCCUCUCUUUCUGUCCUUUCAUAUCGAACUGAACAACGAUUAAACGCGAGUUACAGAGACAAUAAUAAUGCUAUUCCCCCCCCCCCCUCCCACCGAAGACAGAGAUUUAAUUAUGCGCACGGCGACUCGUAUAAACGAAAAAAAUCGCGAACCUUGCGUACGUUCGCCACCGGGAUCGCAAAAUUCCGUCGAACGAGAGUUUGGACGAACGCCUCGCAAAUGAAAGGCCGAAAGGACGAUGAUCCAGUGACGUAAAAAAAAAAAAUAUGUGUGUAAGUUAUUGUGUUAAGUAUCCUUAAAAAGAAAAAAAAAUAAAGAAUAUUGCCGCGAGCGCAUGUGUGUCUCACCCUCUAUAUCAAUUCUCUUCGCGCUCGCGCCAAUCGCAAAAAAACUACAUAUUAGCGCGAUUAUUCGUGUUUAAUUUCUCGCACGCAGUAGUUACACGCGGAAUCGCCAAUUUAAUCGCGUUUCUCCGCCCGGGAGACGAGGUGAGAGAAAGAAGAUAUAAAGAUAGAGUGAAAAAGAGAGAGAGAGAGAGAAAAAGGAAAAGGAUACUUGACGCAGCUUCCAAAGAGUCUAUCUUCGCAAAUCUGUAUCUAUUAUUACUGUCUAUUAUAUAUUCAGAUGUUUAAGUUACACGGCGUUAUAUCGCAUGUCGAUGUGUCAGUCGAUGUGUCAGUCCUAUAUUCUCGAAAUGUAAUAAAUAUAUUUCAACAUAAA